CUCACAAAGCAGUCUGAGCCUGAGCAACAUACAGAACCCACUCAAAAAGCUGUUCUGUGCCCAUUGCAGCUUCACACCACAUCACCGUGCGGCGAUUCUAAACGCCGUCGUUUCGCUCCACGAUGUCGAUUCGUGACUCUGAAUCACUGAAUUGGCACUACGACACUGAACUCGACGACGAAACCCUCGAAAUCCGCGGCCGCAAGCUCUUUUUCAUCAUCGUCCUCUUCUCCAUCAUUCUCCUCUUCACCGCGCUCUUCGUCUUCGCGCGCCGGAUCUGCCGCCGCCGCCACCACCACCACAAUGGCCUCCUCCUCCCCGAUGCCGUCCCGCCGCCGCAGAACACCGGCCUCGAUUCCGCCGCGAUCAAGAGGCUACCGAUCGUCCUCCACCCGCGGUGCAACCGCGUGGCGGAGGCGGAGUGCUGCAUCUGCCUCGGCGCGUUCGCCGACGGAGAGAAGCUGAAGGUUCUUCCAGGGUGCGACCACAGCUUCCAUUGCGAGUGCGUGGAUAAGUGGCUCACGAAUCACUCCAAUUGCCCUCUCUGCAGAGCUUCGCUCAAGCUCGAUUCUUCUUCCUUCCCCGCGAUUUUGAUCCAAUCGCCACCCGUUAGAACUAGUCUUCCGGUCUGAUCCCUUCUUUCUUUCUUUUUUUCAGUUUUCGAUUUGUAACUUCAACAGUAAGUUAGUAAUAGUAAAUCCCUAAUCCACUUGUUUUGGAUUAUUUGUCUUGAGUAAUGUAAAUUGUUGCAAGAACCAAGAAGGGAAUCCCUAGAGAUAUUGAUAGUUUAACAGCUUUUUUUCCAUAAAGGGCAUUGCUUUCAA